UUGAAAAUAGUGUUCUUAUAGUCAUUGCUACAACAUUCACACAUUAUAUCAACAACACAUAAGCUGUGCCCUUUCAUGAUUUCCUUAGCAGCAUCUAUGUUCAUUAAGCAUUUGAAACAACUGCAAGCCUCUACACUUGAACGCAUGUCAAUGCCCCCAUUCCGUGAACGUGCAAGGGAGCAAUAUUUGCGCCAUCUCUGGCAUCACAAUGAACAAGUCAAAGCUGAGAAUUCUGCCCUUUCUGCCAAAAUUGAGGAGCAGAACAAGGACAUUCAACUGAAACUUAUGGCCAAGACUCUAAUGAUCAAACAGCAUGAAGCCAAGAUUGAGCGGCUGAACAGGAACUGUGAACAGGAUAUAAAGAAAAGAGUUUAUGAUUCGGAGUGCAAGAUGGUGAGAGAAUGGCGAGAGAGUGAGAUCCAGCAGGAAGCCAUGACCAAUGAAAUAAGGAAUGCUGAUGUCAAGCUGAAAUCCUUGUUAAGUAUUCAUCUUGCCCAAGAAAAGGAGCUAAGAGCAGAAAGGCUGAAGGUACAGACACAACUGAUCAGCUGGCUGAAGAAGUAUGAUACUGAUAUUGGAGAGAAGCAAGCCAUGUAUGAUGAGGUCUUGGCUGGUUUUGAAGAGGAGAAACGACAAAUGAAAGAGCUCAUGGAACAGUUUAUUACACAACAGGUAGAAUAUGAAAGAUUAAUGAAGGAGAAGGCAGAUGAGGAGCAAGCUAGGCUGGAAAAGAAAAUGUAUGCCUUCAUCACCAACACAUCAGCACGACGAAUUCAACGAUACUGGAGGGCUUACAGAGCUCGGAAGUUGGCUCGUCGGAAGGGACGAAAGAAACGGCGGGGUAAAAGUGAUGGUAGCGCAAAGGACCUGAAAGAAACAUCAUAAAUAAAUAAUCACCACUAAUUAUGAAACAAAUUAUAAGAUGGGCAGCAAUGUGAAUACGGAGUUCAGAGCCAACAUUAAGAAAAUAUGCAAUGGUACCAUCACCUUCUUCACAUUGUCCCUUUCUCAUUUCUUGAGUCCUGGAUGACCCUUUCCCAGGCAAUCUCUCUUGGCUCACUCCUGUUAGGUCUCUUCUAAGACAACCAAUACCUCCACUCUGCCAGCAUAUGGGUCACGUAGUUCUGCAGUGCUCAGUCCCUGGCGACUACGUUCCGAUGGGGCCUCCACCCCUUAAUACUCACAGCCUGGACAGUUAUUCAGCUGCCACUUUUGCAGCCUCCAGCUUUAGGGCCUGGCUGAAUGUCCUCUUACCGCCUAUCUUUCAUCCCAUUCACAAAUGCAUAGACUGCAUCCUUCAGGGAUGAUACUCAAGUAACCUCACAAUAUCCCAGGGGGCCACCUGCUCAAUGACAGCUGCAAAUUCUUGCAGCACCUCACUGCUCAGCUGUAUCCUCAAUUAGCUGAGAGCGGUAUGCCGCAGUCACCUGAUCACCGUAACAGUCCCUGAGUGCCUCAUCAUGUUUCCACAUGCAAGUUCUGCAGGGAGUUUUGCAGUUGGAACAUUUCAACCUCUCCAUAACGAGCUGCCAUGUCUGAUCCACCUCCAACCCACUAUCCCACUUCUAACGCUGUCAACUGAAAUGACUGUGCUGUGGUUUCUGGUUGUAAAUGGAUUAGACACUGACCCCUUAGUUACAUGUGAUUAAGUCAGCCAUUUGACCCUCCCCCCCACACUGUCACCUUAACUCCUUGUUUUCCUCUAUGCUGCCUGGUGGUACACCUGGUAUAGACACAAACAUUUGUCAUAGGUGAAGUCUAUUUUAAUUUCAAGAGAUAGUUCUGUUCUGAGAUCUGCGAGUCAUGCAUAUGAAUUUCUCUGUAGUUUACUCAAUGGCACUAUACAAUUCAGACAAUAUACCACCAAUCAAUGUUAUGGAGGUUUCAACACAGUCCUAAUUAUGUGGACUGACAAAAGUGUGUAAAGCUGCUAAUAAAGUUUAUCAUUCACA